UCUCUCUCUCUCUCUCUCUCUCAUACACACACACACACAUUUCGAAUAUGCUUACCUCCAAACCCCAAAUCAAACUGUCCGAUGAAGACGAAGAAUUCUUGACGGCGAUGCGAUUUCCCAUCGGCGCAGUUCUUCCGAUGGUUCUAAAAGCUGCAAUCGAGCUCGAUUUAUUCGAGAUCAUGGCCAAAACUUCUCCAGGUGGCCGCCAACUCUCCUCUUCCGAGAUUGCUUCGCAACUUCCCACUCGAAAUCCCGAAGCCCCAGUGAUGCUCGAUCGUAUGCUUCGGUUUCUUGCUAGCAACUCAAUCCUCACAUGCACUCUCAACAGAGAUGAAAGCGGAGAUGCAAAAAGAUCGUAUGGGUUGACACCUAUUUGCAAAUACUUUGUCCGAGAUCAGCAUGGAGUUUCUCUCUCUCCCUCUGUACUCCUUCUUCAAGACAAAGUAGUCAUUAACUGUUGGUACCACUUGAAAGAUGCAAUUAUUGAGGGAGGAAUCCCAUUCAACAAGGCUCAUGGGAUGCAUGCAUUUGAAUACCCUGAGAAAGACAGCAGAUUUAAUGAGGUUUUCAACAAAGCCAUGUACAACCACACCACUAUGUCCAUGAAUAAAAUACUUGAAACCUACAAGGGAUUUGAGGGCAUACAAGAGAUAGUAGAUGUUGGUGGUGGGUUUGGUGCAACACUAGGCAGUAUAGUCUCCAAGUACCCUAAUAUUAGGGGUAUUAACUUUGAUUUACCUCAUGUGAUUAAAGAUGCACUUCCUUUCCCAGGUGUGGAGCAUGUUGGGGGAGAUAUGUUCGAAAGUGUUCCAAAAGGGGAGGCUAUCUUUAUGAAGUGGAUACUUCAUGACUGGAGUGAUGAUCACUGCUUGAAGCUAUUGAAGAAUUGUUGGAAUGCACUUCCAGAUUCCGGUAAGGUGAUAGCGGUCGAAUCAAUACUGCCGGAGUACCCGGAGACUGAUUUAUUGUCUCAAACUAUUAUUGGCUCCGACAUGGUUAUGUUGACACUGAAUCCCGGAGGGAAAGAGAGGACGGAGAAAGAAUACGAGGCAUUGGUAAAAGCAGCUGGAUUUGCUGCUUUGAAACUUAUAUGUUGUGUACAAAGCUACUGGAUCAUGGAAUUCUACAAGAAAUGUAACUUCUAGCGAGCAUGAAAGUACAAUUCUACUCUUUUUAGAGUACUAGUUGGUGGCCACGUAUGUUGCACGCGGACCAUUUUAUUAAUGUAUAAGAUAUUUGAAACUUUCA